AUGCAAACACACAAGUCUAUGACUCCAGAAGAGUACUGUGCCUCCUUCACUGGGCGCAAUAUGCGAUGGGAGGCUCUCGGGUCUAUCUUCCCCCUUUGUGGCAUGCAGCUGGUGGUCAUGCUAGAUAAUGACCCUGACCUUAUCCAGAUGUCUGAAGAUCCUCAGAUGAAAGAUCGCUUACUGCAUCAGUGCACUGUAGUAAGCUCAAUAUGUCUUGGCUUGUGUGACCAGGCAUCCUCUGCGAACGAACUACUGGCGAUAUUGCAAUACAACGACACCAUGUUACGAACACAGCAAUACGGCGAUUCAAGUUACCAAGCGUGGCGUCGGCUGAGUGAGCUGGUGUCCACGGUCUAUGCAGCUGGACUGCACUUGGAAAACGAUAGCGCCGAAAACCUUCCAUUUUUCCUUCGUCAAUGGCGCAGGCGAUGCUUUGUUGCCGCAUUUGCCCAGGACAAAAUGAUUGCAAGCUUUGUCGGUCGACCGCCACUAAUGAAUGGCCGGUUCUGCACGCCCACAGCCCCAUUGGAUUUGAGCAACACUGUUCUUGUUGCGGGCGGCGAUGCCCUCGAAAAAGCCAUCUCGGAGCUUGACAGUGCUGGUUGGAAUAGAGAAGGCAUGUUACACGCGGUCACUCCCUUGCGUCUGCGCUAUCAGCUAGCUACCAUUCGGGAGGAAACCCUCGAGGUGGUACUCGGAACUCACGAGCAGCACAAUCUAAUCCAGAAAUCCGAGGACAUUCAAGCAAAAUCACGCGCGAUAUGGGCAGCUGCCCCGAACAGUCUCCGAUACGACCGAUGCCCGACUGAUACUCCUCCCCAUGCUUUACUCACCAUUACUUAUUUCUAUCUGGAUUAUCUCUAUACUUGCUUCCUUCUCUAUCGGGCGGUUGUCAAGGGUACUAAUACCGGGCAAGCAGACCUGUGUGAUGUUUCUCGCCGUGUGUUAGCUAUUGUCAUUCAAGUGAACUCCUUUCGGACCCCAAUGAUUGAUCUAGGCCGGCAUUUUUCGUGGAUAGUCCUCUCGUACGGAGUGCCAUCGGCUAGUGUGCUUCUUCUUGAACUUCUGCGUCAAGCGUGCGAGCCCGGUCCACACGCUGUCUCUCUGCCGCGUGCAGAACUCAUCCGCAACCUCAGCGUGUUUAUUUCGUUUCUGUCGUGGGUGGCAGUUCCCGGUCACGGAAACUACAACACCUGCAAACAAGCCGAGAAAAAGCUGGCAAAGAUCCUAGACCAGAUUCUCGAUCCUCAGCCUGUUCAGCAGCAUGUCGUCGAUGAUUGUACCUCAGGGCUAGAUGAUUUUCUGAGCUGGUCAAACUACAACACGAUCUGGGACUUCAGCACCGAGUACAUUCCCGUUGAUGAGAGUUUUACAUCUUGA